AUGGCCCUUCCCUCCUCCCUUCCACGUGCGGACCUGGGGGUGGGCCGGUGCCCACCAUACUUGACACACGCACCCCAAACCCUGUCAGCUCCUCCUUGACCUUCUCCCAGGGACCGCCCGCCCCCCGCCCCCGCCCCCUGCCUUCUCCCCUAUAACUGUCUCCCGUUGCCUUUUUCUUCCACUUCUUCAGUGAUGCUCGGUCACCCUACAGCAGCCGCAGCAGCAGCCAUGGAAGAGCACUUGCUGAUGCAGCAGCAAAGUCUGGAGCAGCAGCAGCAGGAGCAACUCUUAACGCUCCUCAACGCCUCCUCCCGGCCCUUCGCCAGCCUCUGGCCGCCGUCGGUCGCCUCUGCCACCGCGGGGAGCCCUUUGGAUCUGUCUCCGGCGUCAGGAGACAGCGGGAAUGUGGCCGCGGCGGCCGUGGCGGUCAACCCGUGGGACAUCGUGCUGUGCGCCACGGGCACCGCGAUGGCUUGCGAGAAUGCCUUGGUGCUGGCGGUGCUCUUCUACACUCCCGGUCUGCGCGCACCCACAUUCCUGCUCAUCGGCAGCCUGGCCCUAGCAGACCUGCUGGCCGGCCUGGGGCUCAUCGUCAACUUCAGCGUGCAGUACCUGCUGUCCUCGCCAAGCGAGACUGCCCUGCUGAGCGCUGCCGGCCUGCUGAUUACUGCCUUCUCCGCCUCGGUGUGCAGCCUACUAGCUAUCACCGUCGAUCGCUACCUGUCGCUCUACAACGCGCUGACUUAUCACUCCGAGCGCACGCUGACCUUCACGGCCGCUAUGCUGCUGCUUGUCUGGCUGUUCUGCCUGGGCGUCGGACUCCUGCCCCUGCUAGGCUGGAACUGCCUGCGGGAGCGCAGCACCUGCAGUGUCCUCCGGCCCGUUACCAAGAAUAACGCCACUGUGCUGGCCGUCGCUUUCCUGCUCAUUUUCGCGCUGAUGGUGCACCUCUACCUGCAGAUCUGCAAGAUCGCCUUCCGGCACGCCCAGCAGAUCGCCAUCCAGCACCAGUUCAUCGCCACCUCUCAGGCCACCUCCACCCGCAAGGGGAUCGCCACGCUCUCGGUCAUCUUCGGCACCUUCGCCCUCUGCUGGAUCCCGUUGGCCAUCUAUUCCCUGGUGGCUGACUCCAGCUACCCAGCCGUCUACACCUAUUCUUUGGCCCUGCCGGCAGCGUUCAACUCGCUCAUCAACCCCAUCAUUUAUGCCUUCAGAAAUCCGGACAUCCAGAAAUCCCUCUGGGUGGCCUGCUGCGGGUGCAUCACCUCCGGCUUCUCCUCUCGGCCCAGGACAUCCAGCGACGUAUGA